CCUCCCAAAUGCUUUUUGUUUUUUGAAUUCAAAUCAAAAUCACAUUCUUGUCUCUCAAUUUCAAGCUCUCAUCGGAAACCGCGAUCCGGAUUCACGAUCAUGAGUCGUAGUAGCAAUCGAGAUUUGUGGUCGGAACUGGUCGCCGAAGAGGAAGGCGAAGGGGGCCGCCAUCAUAAUCAGCAGCCCCAAGCGAUUUACCGGCGUCGGCUCCCCCAAUCCCGUCCGGAGCCGCCUCCCGCUUCACUUCCCUGGUCCAAUUCCAGCCAUCUGAAUCGUCCGAGUUUCGCUGUUCCACCUCCCGUCAAGCGAGUCAGCUGGAAUCGUUCCCUUUCUACCAGAGGGAGGGUAAGCAUCGCCGUUUUCGCUUCUGUAGACGAUCGGCCUCAAAAGAGGGAGGGUAAGCAGAAGCCGCCGCCCAGGGGAAACGGGAACGCAAAGGGGAAGGGAAAGGGAAAGCCGCCUGUUCAUAGACCGCAGCCUCCAAACUUUGAGAAAGAACGGGAAUACUUCAAAGAGGUGGAUGCUUUCGAUCUGCUGGAAGAGAGUCCUUCUCCCAAACACAUUUCCACUUGGGUCGCAACCAAUGAAGCGGAUGCUGCUGCUGCCGUCCAGCCUGUCUCUUCCAGAUUACCCAAUUGGUUAAUCUCACACAACUUCAACUCCGACUCCAAUCUAUCCACCACAUUGUCUAAGAUACUUGAAACUCCGGCCGUGCGUUCCGCUAAUGGCGUUGGAGGGUUUAAGUUGAAGGCCCCAGAAAAGUCUGCCUCCAAUAUCCGUUCGUAUAAGCAUUCCACCCUGGCAAGAAUCCACGCUUACUUGGAAGAUCAGUUUGUUGCCCAGACAGACAGCGGCGAGGAAACUAUGUCUGGUGAUGGAUGCCGAGACAUUGAGGCAGCUAUUAAGAAGCUGUCUCUGGCUUCGACAUCUUCGUUGGAUCUUGACUUUGCGGAUCCUUUCCCUGCUCUGUUGGCUUACUGUGGCCAAUCAGCCCCAUCAACGUUACUAGAUGUGUUCUCCAAUUACUGCGACCCAAAAGAUAUUGUCAAACUGGGUGAAGGCACUUAUGGAGAAGUCUUUAAAGUGGGCAACACUGUCUGUAAACUAGUACCAAUUGAUGGAGACUCGCGUGUUAAUGGAGAAAUACAAAAGAGAUCAGAAGAACUCCUUGAGGAGGUCAGACUUUCAAAAACUCUUAAUGCUCUAAGAGGGGAUGCUGCAGCUCAAAAUGCAUGCACAACAUUCAUAGAAACUCUGGAGUUAAGGGUGUGCCAAGGUCCUUAUGACCCUGUAUUGAUUAGAGCAUGGGAAGAUUGGGACGAGCAGAAUGAUUCAGAAAAUGAUCAUCCUAAGGGGUUCCCUGAGAAACAGCGGUAUGUGGUAUUUAUAUUGGAACAUGGUGGUAAAGACCUUGAAAGCUUUGUGCUUAAGAACUUUGAUGAAACACGUAGUUUACUCGUCCAGGUAGUGUCUGGUUUGGCAGUUGCAGAAGCAGCAUUUGAAUUUGAACAUCGGGAUCUUCAUUGGGGAAAUGUUCUCUUAAGUCGAAAUGAUUGCACCAAAGUGCAGUUUACCCUCGAAGGAAAGAAAAUGAUUCUCAGAACAUUUGGAUUGUCGAUAUCCAUAAUUGAUUUCACUCUGUCCCGAAUUUGUACUGGUCAAGAUAUACUCUGCUUUGAUAUGUCAUCUGAGCCUUAUUUGUUCAAGGGACCAAAGGGGGACAAACAGGCAGAAACAUAUAGAAAGAUGAAGGAGGUAACACAGGAUAUUUGGGAAGGAAGCCACCCAAGGACAAAUGUCUUAUGGUUGCUGUACUUGGUUGACAUCUUGCUUCUGAAGAAAUCAUUUGAACGUUCUUCUAAACAUGAAAGAGAGAUGCGCUCACUGAAGAAGCGGUUGGACCAGUACAACUCAGCCAAAGAAGCACUCUUUGAUCCUUUCUUCAGCGACUUGUUGGAGGAGGUUAACUCAUGAAGUCAAGUCACAAGCGGAAACAGCCACUACACUAGAGACUAGUAGUAUAAGAAUGGAUCUUGUGUGAUCAUCCCGCACUCCGGAGGGAGGCAGUAGGGACGUUUCGUCGAACUGUAAAGUUCGGCGGCGGGUAUGAAACAACAUGCCCCAACCACAACCCAAUUGCCUGUUUGUUCGCUUUAGUUUCUUCUUAACUUUGGUUUGUAAACUUUGUAGUAGUCUGAUUCCACAUCGUGAAGGUUAGGGGGAUUGAGAAUUCUGGUAGGCGGAAUAUUGCUCCUAUGCUUUUCCUUUCCCCCUAGAGCUGUAAUCAUGCAUACGUCGGAAAAGUGGCAGUAAGGUUAGUGGUCGCC